AUGAAAUUCAACAUGCAUGUCUUGCUCAACUCUGCUUUGCAACGCUGUUACCUUCGAAAGACGACUACCCACAAGUUCCAAUUACUUUCAGUGUCUCUCUAUUCCACAUUGCAACCAGUAUCUACACCACCCGAGUUACAAGACCUCUGCAGCGUUGUCACCGGCACUGUUGGUGGACUAGAUGAUCUAGAGUUAAGUCUAAAUAAGUUUAAGGGUUCUCUAACUUCACCUCUUGUAGCUCAAAUUAUUGAUUCCAUUAAACACGAGGCACACACUAGAAGACUGCUUAGAUUCUUCUUAUGGUCCAACAAGAAUUUGAGAUAUGAUUUACAAGAUAAGGAUUAUAAUUAUGCUCUUAGAGUUUUCGCCGAAAAGAAAGACUAUACAGCAAUGGACAUCUUGCUUGGAGAUUUUAAGAAGGAGGGAAGAGUCAUGGAUGCUCAAACUUUUGGUCUUAUAGCUGAGAAUUUUGUUAAGCUCGGAAAAGAAGAUGAAGCGUUGGGUAUUUUCAAGAACUUAGACAAGUAUAAGUGUCUUAUUGAUGAGUUCACGGUUACUGCUAUUAUUAAUGCCCUUUGCUCUAAAGGGCAUGCUAAGAGGGCUGAAGGUGUAGUUUGGCAUCACAAGGACAAGAUUAAAGGCGUGCUACCUUGUGUUUAUAGAAGUAUUCUUUAUGGUUGGUCUGUGCAGAGGAAUGUGAAGGAAUCUAGGAGAGUUAUUCAAGAGAUGAAAUCAAAUGGGGUUGUCCCGGAUUUAGUUUGCUACAACACAUUCCUCAGGUGUCUUUGUGAAAGGAAUCUGAGACAUAAUCCUUCUGGACUUGUGCCUGAAGCUUUAAAUGUGAUGAUGGAAAUGAGGUCGUAUAAGGUUUCGCCGACCACAAUCAGUUACAACAUUUUACUUUCUUGUUUGGGGAAGACUAGAAGAGUUAAGGAAUCUUGUCAAAUACUUGAAGCAAUGAACAAAUCGGGCGUUGCUCCGGAUUGGGUAUCCUAUUAUUUGGUGGCAAGGGUUUUGUUUCUGAGUGGUAGAUUUGGUAAAGGGAAAGAGAUAGUGGAUCAAAUGAUUGAAAAAGGUUUAGUACCAAACCAUAAGUUUUACUACAGUUUGAUUGGUAUUCUCUGUGGGGUUGAAAGGGUAAAUCAUGCUCUUGAAUUGUUUGAGAAAAUGAAGGUAAGCUCAGUGGGAGGUUAUGGACCAGUUUAUGAUGUGCUCAUUCCAAAGCUUUGUAUAGGAGGGGAUUUUGAAAAAGGAAGAGAACUUUGGGAUGAAGCUACAAGCAUGGGCAUAACUCUUCAGUGUUCUAGAGAUGUUUUAGAUCCUUCAAUAACAGAAGUAUAUAAACCUAAAAGACCAGAAAAAAUCAAUGUUGUGGAUAGCUCAAAAGCCAAUUCUCAGCAGAAAGUUUCAAAUUAUAUGGAGAGAAUGAAAAUGCGGAAAUCUGCGGCGAGGAAGAAGAAAAUGAAAAUGAAAAAGAAAUCUGAAGCAUCUUAA